AUGGAAGAUAGUUUAAAGGAAAUUGAAGAAGAUAUUCAAUACCUCCUUCACGCGCUCACAUCGAUCGAGGAUGACGAUUCUGAUUCCAGCUUGUCCUUACUUGCGGCUCUAGGAAGUUCCCACGAGCUGCGAUUUGAUCUUCUUGGCACACUGGAAGAUCUCCAGGAAGCAAUUGAAUUUCGAUCCAAGGCACUCGCUCUCACUCCGGAGGAUGAUCCAGAAUUAUCAUAUCUAUUAGCUGCUCAAGGUGUUUCUCUUACUAAAAGGUUCGAAUCUCAGGAAACCAAAGAGUCUGAACAUUUCGAUCAUGCAAUAAAAUAUGGCUGUAUUUCAAUCCUGCUAAUUCCGAAUAGUCAUUCCAAAAAUCUGCUCGAUAUCGUAAAUUCAGGAAGCAAAUACAGGUAUAUGUUACGAGAUCAUGGAGAACCCGAGGACCUGAAGGUGGCGAUCGAAUACCAACGCCAUGCACUCAAUUUGGCUCCUGAUGAUCAUGAAAUAGAGGCAAAAUGGCUUUCUAAUAUAGGAAUAACCUACAAGGACCUUUAUAGGCGUCUAGGUGGAAUAGAGGAUCUCGAGAAGUCCAUCGAAUGCGAGACUCGUGCUCUAGCCUUAACUCCUGAUAUCGACCUGAACCUGUUCUUGAGAUUGGCCAAUGUAGGAAUAUCUCAUAGCUGCCGGUAUGUACGGCUUGGUAAUCUGGCGGACUUAGAAAACGCGAAGGAAUAUUAUUCCAAAGCAUUGACCUUGGCUCGCGAUGAUCAUCCGCACUAUCCCAUAACGCUUGCAAAUCUAGGGCUAGUACACAAGAGCCUAUUUGAGUGUCAAGGACGGUUGGAAAAUCUAGAUGAAGCCAUCAAACUCCAGACUCAGGCACUCGGUAUAAUCCCUGACGGACAUCCGAAUAUACCUUUGCAGCAUUACGCCUUGUUAAACACUUUCCUACUUCGAAAUCCAGGUCCAUUCAACUACUCAGAUUAUCGGCUAGCUGCCCAGGCGUUGGCGCAGGCGCCUCGUGCUAGGUUUCGGCAUACUUUGCGGCUGUUGAACUUCUACCUCAAUUUGCGGGCACCAGAAGCAGCCUCGGUUGCCAUUGGAUAUUCAAAAUACGCACUGGCAUUGGAAUGGUUGGAGCAAGCGCGAUGUGUAGUAUGGAACCAGAACUUCGCGCUUCGUGCGCCUAUUGAUGAACUGAAAUCUACAUACCCGGAUGUAGCUUCAAAACUUCAAGACAUUUCCUCACGGCUACAUGCAGCCAAUUUCCAAGAAUCCGAGUCCCAAACUGGGGCUUCUGUACUGGAUAUGCCUCAUGAUCAGAUUUCCCAGGAGCACCGCCGCCUAGGUAUAGAGUAUAACAAGCUAGUUACACAAAUACGUAUGCUUCCGGGAUUCUCCGACUUUCUCCGACCAACCAAGGUGCAGGAGCUUGUUCGUGCUGCUCGGCACGGGCCAAUUGUUGUCCUUAACUGCCACAAUGAUCAGAGCGACGCACUACAAAGCUCGAAAAACCCGCUGCGAAAUGGAAAAGUCACUCCGGAGCAAAGAGAGAGGACGCCAACCAAUAAAACGACGGCCAAUUGUGCCAGAAGGGGAAGAAGACUUCGAAUGGGUAUUGACCACUCUUGGUAUGAUAUUGUCAGGCCAAUACUUCAAUUCCUAGGAUAUAUGGGAAAUAUUCCACAUAUAACCUGGUGCCCUACCGGAAUAUUGUCAUCUCUACCUUUUCACGCAGCAGGAGACUAUAAUCGGAAUCGAGAGAAAGUUUUCGAUUACGUUGUAUCCUCCUAUACGCCCACGGUCACUUCGCUUCUUGCCUAUAAUCCAAAAUCUUUGGGCAGUGAUAGUGGUGUGCUUGCUAUUGGACAGGGUGAUACACCAGGUCAUAGCCCUUUGCCUGGAACUAUUGAAGAACUUGCUUCAAUCAAAGCUCACACCCAAGGCAAAGUCAAGUACUCUCAAUUUGUGGGCGACCAAGCUACAAUAGGGGCAGUUCUUGAUGCAAUGGAACAGCACGACUGGGUCCACUUGGCCUGUCAUGCUCACCAAAACAUCCGAGACCCCCUUUGGAGUGGAUUUUUUUUGCACGAUGGCACAUUAGACUUAUCGUCGAUCAACAAAAGAUUGUUCAAAAAUAAAGGACUUGCAUUCCUCUCAGCUUGCCAGACAGCAACGGGAGAUGAGGAAGUCCCAGAUGAAGCGGUACAUCUUGCAUCGGGCUUAUUAAUGGCCGGAUAUUCCAGUGUAAUUGCAACACUGUGGUCCAUUGUUGAUGAUGAUGCGCCGUUUGUAGCUGACAGGGUGUAUAAUGAACUAAUGGAAGGCGGGACGCUCGGAAAUGGAAAAGCAGGAAAAGCGUUACAUAGCGCAGUUGCGGCCCUACGCACGGAGGUAGGAGAGAGGGAAUUUGGACGAUGGGUGCCUUACAUCCAUCUAGGAUUAUGA